AUGUUCCAGCAACAGAGGCAAUCCGCGAGACAGCCGGCGGCCCCGGAUUUGUCGGCGGGGAGGUGCGGGCGGGACUGGAGGAGGGAAAGGGCAGCAGCGCAGCCGGCAGGACCGGCGAUCCAACAGCAGCCACUGUUUCGAGUGGUCGAUGCUUGCUCGAGGUCCAGUCGAGAUCGAGAGGUCGGGAACGUGUGGUUGCUGGUUGCUGGUUGCUGCUGCGUCUGCAAGGCAGCCGCGAUGGUGAAGCGAAAAGGGAGGAACCUUUCGCUUUGCAACGGGGCACUGCUGCGUCUGGAUGGAGGUGGUGGCCGGGCAGCAGGUUGGUGGACUGGAGGAGAGAGGAAUGGAAGGUGUGGGUUUGGGAGCAGGGGACGGAUACAGUUUUGA